UUGCAGAUUCGCUGGCUAAUUUUUUCCAGGUUGGUAGCAUUUCGUGGUUUGCGUAGCAUUGGCUCAGGAGACGUUCUUUUGCUAUCGGAGGCUCGUAUUAUACCUCCAUAUCCAAUGACAUGGAAAAACUUCAACAGUAAAACAUGGAAAUUGCAUAAGAAAACGGUCCGGCUUUCGUACGCUCGCAUGAUGAUUGCUGGCUCGUUCUUCAGUGGAGCACUUGACUACGAAUCACAAGAAGUUCAAAAUAUUCUCAUUAUCGGCCUAGGAGAACUGUUUGAUGUCCUAUUGAUUGACGUCUCGUACAACGAGAAUCGGCCACUGAUGGCCCCAGUGGAGGGCUUUCUCGACUCCGAUGAAAUAGAGAAAAUGAACGAAGUGAUUAAGAAAGACGGUACAAGUCUCUGA